AUGAUUUGGUUUAUGGACGAACGGUUUUGGCUUCCAGAUGGCAUUAAAUGGAGUAUGUUACAGCCAAAUGGAACUGCACGGUAUCCUCAGCCCAGUGAUCUCAAACAAACUAUUAAGUCAGCUUUAUUUUGUUUUUCCAUUUUUGAAUUUCUUCAUUCUGUAAUGAGUUUAUUACUCUACUUAAAGGCUUUGUGUUUAUCUGUAAUUCAAUUUAGAUUUGGUGUAGUUUUGUUGUUUAUUCGAAUAUUUAUGGAAUGUUUUGUAUUCUUGCCGAUUGGUAAAUAUUUUGGGUGGAUAGAUGCUCCAGAUGGAUUGACUCGACGAAUAGUGUCUCAUAUGAACUUUGGGUUCGCUGGUAAGAGCAAGUAUAAAAGAGUGGCAGAAACUGCUUGGCGAUUCACCUAUUAUGUUUUUGCCUGGACCUUCGGUUUGGUUGUCUUGAAGGACCAGCCUCAAUUACGGGAUAUUUCUGAGAGUUGGAGAAACUGGCCGUACCAUGAAUUAACAGAUGGGAUCUGGUGGUAUUAUAUUAUUGAAACAUCGUUCUACUGGUCUCUACUGUUUAGUUCUCUUGCUUUUGACAUUCGACGUGCAGAUUUUCUACAACUAACUGUUCAUCAUAGUAUAACUAUACUGCUAUUGUCAAUGAGUUACACUAUAAAUAUGGUUCGCAUUGGAGCCUUGGUUCUGUUCAGCCAUGAUAUUGCAGAUGUUUUAAUAGAGUUAGGGAAGUUGCUUCGAUAUGCAAGGUGGGAUACUGCGCUUAAGGUUGUCUACGUUGUUUUUAUGUUUGUCUGGACUCUGACACGAUUGAUAUAUUUUCCCUUUUGGAUUAUCUGGUCUGUGUGGUAUGAUGCUCCCGCCAUGAUACAGAAGACUUAUGACUGGUGGAGUUUGUCACAACAACCUAUUGUCCCGCGUGUGAUUGUUGUAAUGUUGCUUUGCUUACUUGUUUUACACGUCUUCUGGACGUACACUAUAAUUAUGGUUGGGGUGAAAUCCGCUGAGAGCGGUAAACUCGAUGACAUUCGAGAAAUUGAUGAUGGUUCAGAUUCAACUGCAGAAUACAUUAAAGAAAACGGGUGUUAUGGGAAGGUCGAGGAGUAUAGGAAGAAACAGCUGUAA